UCCUAUUUUGCCCUACGACGACUUCCCUCUUCUCUUUUCUAUUUUAUACGCCGACCCCUUAUCCCUCCCAGCACACUCCGAUUACCUACAGUCUUUUGCCGCCAGACGCUCCGCCUCCGUCAUCCUGUCAUCGCUUCCCUUCGUAUCUCAGGCGCCACCCUCCCAUACGUCCGGUGCCAGCCUUCCACACCUCCGGCGCCACUGUCGCACAUCAGAGGUCGCCUUCAGUUUGCAAAGUUGGGGGUGCUUAUGGUCUAAAAUUAAAAACGAGAGGGUAAGAAUUGAAAUACUGAACGCCAAAAAGGUUUAAAACCUCAAAAAGAGAAAAGGGUUUUCCAUUGUGAGGAAUAACCGCAAGACGAACAGGAAAAUGGAGGAAGAAGACGAAGAUCCACCACUUGCUGUUGAGAUCAACGAAACCCUAGACCAUCAAUCGUUCAAUCAAUCUUUACAAAAAUACGAAAACACAGAUGAACUUCCACCAGUUGGCGUGACUGUCAUCACCGGCUAUCUGGGCGCAGGCAAAUCCACUCUGGUUAAUUAUAUAUUGAAUGGACAACAUGGAAAGAGGAUAGCUGUUAUAUUGAAUGAGUUUGGUGAAGAGAUUGGAGUUGAGAGAGCUAUGAUUAAUGAAGGUGAAGGAGGUGCACUUGUUGAAGAGUGGGUUGAGCUUGCAAAUGGCUGCAUUUGUUGCACUGUGAAACACAGUCUGGUUCAAGCACUGGAACAACUUGUUCAGAGGAAGGAGAGAUUGGAUCAUAUAUUAUUAGAGACCACUGGAUUGGCAAACCCUGCUCCUCUUGCAUCUAUUCUUUGGCUGGAUGAUCAACUAGAAGCAGCAGUCAAGCUUGACUCCAUUAUCACUGUUGUAGAUGCUAAAAAUCUCCGUUUUCAGCUCAAAAAGCAUCAAGGUUCUUCCACAUUUCCUGAAGCCUUUUUACAAAUAGCAUUUGCAGAUGUUGUAAUUCUUAACAAGGUUGAUCUGGUUUCUCCAGAUGUUCUAGAAGAACUAGAGAAAGAGAUACAUAGCAUUAAUUCACUUUCUAAUAUAGUUCAUUCUGUGAGGUGUCAAGUAGAUAUGUCCAUAGUAUUAGAUUGCAAAGCAUAUGAUGCUUUGCAUGUUGCACACCUGGAAAAUUUACUAGAGGAAAAUAAAUCACUAACUACCAAAGAUCUUCAUGAUAGUGGCGUGACAACUAUGUGUAUUUGUGAUUCACACCAGCUUGAUCUUGAUAAGGUGCGUUUAUGGCUUGAGGAGAUACUUUGGGAUAAGAAAUAUGACAUGGAUGUUUAUCGAUGCAAAGGUGUUUUAAAUGUUGUGAACUCUGAUGAACUUCACAUAGUACAGGCUGUGAAAGAGAUUUAUGAGAUAGUUCCUUCACGAAAAUGGAAAAGCCAAGAAAAUAAAACGAAUAAAAUCGUGUUCAUUGGGAGAUCACUAAAUGAAGAUAUUCUUAUCGAAUCUCUUAGAGGUUGUGCUUCGACUGUGAGUUAAUUGUUGUAAUAUUAUAAAAUUUUAUAACUUUUAUUUUAUUUAAUUUGUAUUUUUUAAGGUAGUGUGAUUUGAAGACUAUAAAAGGUUGUAAUUUUUCACAAAAAAAAAAUCAUAGCUUUCUUUCAAAAAGGGUUUUUUUUUUAAUGGAAAUGCCUUUUUUUUGAUGUAUUAAUGCUGAAA